AUGGUUAAAUAUCCCCAUAUUGAAUUUAGGAAAAUUGACGAUGGUUCAAGUUUAACAAAAUGUCUAUGGGAAGUUAAGCCCAUACAGAAGUGUUAUCGGAUCAGUCGAGAGUUUCAGGCCCAUUUAAAAAGCCUGGCCCGAUCACCCGACAACUCUACAUGUACCACUUUUGAUGCAAUGGCAGCUCAUGUUUGGAGAUCAUGGGUUAAAGCACUUGAUGUUAAACCGUCGGAUUAUGAGCUCCGACUCACAUUUUCCGUUAAUGCUCGUCCAAAGCUUAAAAAGCUGCCGGUAAAAGACGGGUUUUACGGCAAUGCGAUCUGCGUGGCGUGUGUCAGCAGUACUGUUUCCGACCUUGUUAAUGAGAGUCUUUCGGGCACAUGUGGAUUGAUCCGUGAGGCCCGUUUAGGGGUCUCGGAGGAGUACUUGAGAUCCACAGUUGAUUUUAUUGAAGUGGACAGGCCCAAUAGGCUGGAAUUUGGUGGGAAAUUGACAGUAACCCAAUGGACCAGAUUUUUGAUAUACGAGUCCGCAGAUUUUGGAUGGGGCCGGCCCGUAUAUGCAGGCCCAAUAGACAUAACUCCAACCCCUCAGGUUUGUGUAUUCCUACCUGAAGGGGAUGCUGAAUCAAAUGGAGCAAUGGUUGUGUGUAUCUGCUUGCCGGACUCUGCUACUCAGAAAUUUAAAGAGUUUUUGUGUCUCAUGGAUUCAAGUGAUAAAUCCUGA